AUGAUGGCAUCUGUUUAUACUUCAAAUAAAACAAUCAGAGUUUGUCCUUUCCUCAAUGGAGAUGUGGAAAACCCAGGAGCCAAAACCAGUAACACCUGGAUUAGUCCCAAUUUGCCUAGCAGAUGCACUUGGAAACCAGGAAAAUCCGUCUCAGAGUCACCUCAUCACUAUGUGCCUCAGCAAAAAGAACCAAAGAUUUUGUCAAACGUCUUAGAGAAAAUUGGACACACUCCUCUGAUCCGUGUCAAUAAGAUUUCAAAAGCUUAUGGUCUCAAGUGUGAACUUUUGGCCAAGUGUGAAUACUUCAGUGCUGGAGGGAGUGUAAAAGAUCGAAUCACUUUAAGGAUGAUAGAGGAUGCAGAAAAAGCUGGUAUCAUAAAACCAGGAGAUACACUCAUUGAACCUACAUCAGGAAAUACAGGAAUUGGACUGGCUCUCGUAGCUGCAAUAAAGGGUUAUCGCUGUGUCAUUGUCAUGCCAGAGAAAAUGAGCAUGGAAAAGGUAGAUAUUCUGAGAGCACUUGGGGCUGAAAUAGUAAGAACUCCCUGCACCAAGUUUGAUGAUCCAGAAUCCAAUGUUCGUGUUGCUUGGAAACUGAAAAAUGAAAAUCCAAAUUCACAUAUUUUAGAUCAGUAUCGAAAUCCAAGUAACCCAUUGGCACACUAUGAUACCACAGCUGAAGAACUCUUGGAGCAGUGUGAUGGAAAAAUUGAUAUGUUUGUGGCUGGAGCUGGCACAGGUGGUACUAUCACAGGUGUUGCUAGAAAGUUGAAGGAGAAAUGCCCUGCAUGCAAAAUUGUUGGAGUGGAUCCCGAAGGCUCCAUUGUUGCUUUGCCCAGCUCAUUAAAUACAAUCUCAGCCAACGAUACAACAAUGGAAGUGGAAGGGAUUGGUCAUGAUUUUAUUCCAACUGUCCUUGAUAGAUCCGUAAUAGAUCAAUGGUGCAAAAGCAAUGAUAAAGAAUCCUUCCUUAUGGCUCGUAGAUUAAUUAAAGAGGAGGGCUUGCUUUGCGGAGGCAGUGCAGGCAGUGCGAUGUCUGCAGCUGUGAAAGCUGCCAAGCAACUAAAAGAAGGUCAACGCUGUGUUGUCCUCUUACCUGACUCUGUGAGAAACUACAUGUCUAAGUUUUUGAAUGACAAAUGGAUGGCCCAGAAUGGAUUUCUAAAAGAUGUUCAGGAACAUUAUCCUUGGUGGUGGAGUAUUAAAGUCCAGAAGCUAAAUCUUGCUGCUCCUCUGAUUCUUCUCUCAGAUGUGAACUGUCAAAAAGCAGUUGAAAUCCUGCAAGAAAAGUCAUGCAAUCAAGCACCAGUUGUUGCUGAAUCAGGCGUCAUCUUGGGAAUUGUAACUAUUACCAACAUCCUCUCCUCAAUCCUGGCAGGAGUAACACAGUUCUCGGACCCAAUUAUAAAAGUUACUUAUCAACAAUUUUCAAAGAUUAAUCUGAAUGAUACCCUGGGAAAGCUUUCACAUGUCCUGGAAAAUGAACAAUUUGCUGUUAUAGUGCAUGAAGUGGAGCAAUACAAUGCAAAGGGGUCCUCCUUGAUGAAACAGAUGGUAUUUGGUGUGGCCACAGCUGUUGAUCUGCUCAGCUUUAUCACACCAAAGAACAAACCUCAAGAUCUAAAUGCAUCACUCACAUCUGUUUAUGAAAGCACUUUUCCAGAAUCAGGAAAAAAUAGCUAUGAUGUUUAA